AACAAAGUGUAGUUUUUAAAUUUUUUUUUUAAAUCUAUUUUUUUAAAUUACUUAUUCAUGUUCUUGGAUCUAAAAACAACCACCAAAACCAAAAGAUUGAAACAAAGACGAGAUUUGCAGUCAUCACAGAGAUUCUAAAAAACCUUAAGACAUGUCUUAAUUUCUUCAAAAAGACCAAACCAAACACACUUUCCCUUUUUAGUAAGUUUUCUAAUAGAACAGAACCAAAUUUAUCCUUCAGCCCCCCCCCCCCAAGCUUUCCUUUUUUUAGUAAUUCCCUCCCUCUAAAUUUCUGGUUUUCUUUUAUAUAUAUUUACACAGAUUCAAGGAGCUUCAGAUGUUAUAGUGAUUUGCGGCGGCUUUGGAGACACUGAAACUUCAGUUGUCAUCUUCUGUUUUACUCAAUCAGGUUGGGAACAGUUUGGCUUUGGGUAACUUUUGUUUUUGGAAAAUUAGAGUUCUUGGUGUUUAAAAGGGUGGAAAAAUAGAUGAAGUUGUUGGGGAAAUUCCUGGGUUUUUGGAAGAAUAGUAGGGAAGAUUUCUGGAAUGCCAGUGUUAGACUAAGUGGAAGAUUUUUCAUAGAUCUCUAGCAUUUGCUUAUUUAUAAUUUGAAGUUAGGUUGUUUAAGGGUUUUUUAUUUUAUGAAAAAAAUGGAGCUCCCCUUUUCAUCUAAAGAAAAGGGACAUGGUUAUUGGGUUCCUCCAAGAGCUCAGAUGGAGGGUGGUGAACAGUUUGAUGGUACUGCCCAGAAUUUGGUUUCUGAGGAUCCUUUCAGCUUUUCCGAGCUCAUGAACUUCGAUUCUUAUGCUGGGUGGUGUAAUAGCCCUGCAGCUAUUGAUCAGACGUUUGCAUCCUUUGGCUUGUCCUCCUAUCCACCCUUGCCUUAUACCUCUUUUGACACGUUACAUAUUACUGGACCAAGUUCUGGUGCCUUUGCUGAAGCUGGUGAUGCAUUAAGUGGCAUGGAUAGUUCUUAUAAUUUUGCUGACAGAAUGGUGUAUCAGCAAACAGAUGCACACUUUGGUAAUUCAUUGGAUUCUGCAGAUGGUGAACUAGGUGGGAGACAAAAUAAUGGUGGCACUCGACAAAGUAAUUCUUUGGUUUUGGCUAAUUCGUUGGUUUCUAGGUCGAUCAAACGAUCACUUGAUGAGAGGAUGCUUAGAGCACUGUCCUUGUUUAAGGAGUCAUCUGGAGGGGGUAUUUUGGCACAAGUUUGGGUUCCAAUUAAGCAUGGAGACCAGUAUAUGUUGACCACUUCAAAUCAGCCAUACUUGCUAGACCAGAUGCUUUCUGGUUACCGUGAAGUCUCAAGGACAUAUGCCUUCCCUGCAGAACUGAAACGAGGUUCUUUCCCUGGGCUUCCUGGUCGUGUUUUUAUCUCCAGAGUUCCCGAGUGGACUUCUAAUGUAAUCCAUUACAGUAAGGUUGAGUACUUGCGAUUUGCACAUGCGAUCAACCACAAAGUCCGUGGUUCUAUUGCCUUGCCAAUUUUCGAACCUUCUGAGAUGUCUUGUUGUGCUGUGUUGGAACUUGUCACUAUGAAAGAGAAGCACAAUUUCGAUUCAGAAAUAGAAAAUGUCAGCGUUGCACUCCAGGCUGUGAAUUUAAGGACUACUGCUCCUCCUCGACUUUUUCCUCAGUGUCUCUCAAGGAAUCAGAGAGCGGCUUUAGGUGAAAUAGCAGAUGUUUUACGUGCAGUAUGUCAUGCACAUAGAUUGCCUUUGGCUUUAACAUGGAUUCCUUGUAAUUACACCGAGGAAGCUGAGGAUGAAACUACCAAAUUACGUGUUCGAGAGGGUGAUACCGGCCACGAUGGUAAGUGUGUCUUAUGCAUUGAAGAUACUGCUUGUUAUGUUAAUGACAAAGGGAUGCAAGAUUUUGUACAUGCAUGCAUCGAACAUUAUCUUGAAGAAGGUCAAGGUAUAGCCGGAAAAGCACUUCAAUCGAAUCAUCCUUUCUUCUCUGCCGAUGUGAAAACAUAUGACAUAAAUGAUUAUCCUCUUGUCCAUCAUGCGCGUAAGUUUAACCUGAAUGCUGCUGUUGCAAUCCGGCUGAGGAGCACUGACACUGGUGAUGACGAUUAUAUACUGGAGUUUUUUCUUCCGGUUACCAUGAAAGGGAGUUCUGAACAGCAACUCUUGCUGAAUAAUCUCUCGGGUACCAUGCAACGAAUCUGUCGGAGUUUGAGAACAGUUUCAGAUGUAGAAAUUAGUGGGGAAGGUUCAAAUGUUGAGUUUCAGAGUGGAACAGUCCCAAAUUUCCCCCUGACGUCUAUGUCUAGGAGCUCGGAAACAGUAUUGUCUGCUGAUAGUGAAAGGAACUCGCAUGAUAGAGUUCCAUUGAAUGCAUCUAAUGCAACAAGUGAUGGGAAGGAAAAGGAUGGCCCUCCUGAACAGGCAAUGACCAGACUGCGGAGGCACGUAGAGAAGAAGAGAAAUACAGCAGAAAAAAAUGUGAGCUUAAGUGUUCUUCAGCAGUAUUUCUCUGGGAGUCUGAAGGAUGCUGCAAAAAGCAUUGGUGUUUGCCCUACUACACUGAAAAGGAUAUGCAGACAACACGGGAUAUCAAGAUGGCCCUCGCGAAAGAUUAACAAGGUGAAUCGAUCAUUACGAAAAAUACAAACUGUUCUUGACUCAGUGCAAGGGGUCGAAGGAGGAUUGAAGUUUGAUCCAGCCACAGGAGCAUUUGUUGCAGCAGGUAAUGUAAUCCAAGAAGCUGAUACCCAGAAAACAUUAGUAUUCUCCAAUAGAAACCUUCCCACCCGAGUACCCAAUCCUGUUGAUCAAGAGAAAUCAUCGGCACCACUAGCUUCUUGCCCUGACGGGGAAAAUUCAGUGGUUAAGUUGGAGGAAGAUGAGUGUUCUGUUGGCGGAAACAACCGAGAUGCCAUAAGGAGUGUGCUCAUUCAAAGUACCUUGGACUCUAAGUCAGUUGGUCCAGAUUCAAGAUCGUUCCAGGCAGCUAGCUUUGGCACUGCAACUUGGACUUGUCCCGAAAAUGCAACCACUGACUCUUAUGUAGAAGGAGGUCAGAGGUGGGGUUUUAACAAUGGGAAUCUGAAAGUAGAAGAUUCCGACUGCCACUUCGUCUCUGGGAGCUCAAGCUCCUUGGCUGCUGCUGCUGCUGCUGAUGAAAUUGAUACCCGAAUGGAGGAUGAUGACGGGAUUGUUGAACAUAACCACCAACCUAUUUCUUCAAGCAUGACAGACUCCUUAAAUGGCUCUGGAUCGAUGUUGCAUAGAAGUUCAUCAAGCUCUCAGAGUUUUGAGGACGCAGAGGAUACAAAACCAAAGACAAUUUCAGUUGAUAGCAGCUCGAAAAUUACCGUGAAAGCUACUUAUAAAGAUGACACUGUCCGCUUCAAGUUCAAGCCAUCUGCUGGGUGCUUCCACCUAUAUGAAGAAGUCGCGAAAAGGUUCAAAAUUCAAAUUGGAACAUUCCAGCUAAAGUACUUAGAUGAUGAAGAAGAAUGGGUACUGUUGGUUAGCGACUCAGAUUUACUCGAGUGUCUGGAAAUUCUCGAGUAUAUCGGAAGUCGUAGCUUGAAGUUUCAAGUUCGCGAUAUACCUUGUACAAUGGGCAGCUCUGGGAGCAGCAACUGCUUCUUGACUGGAGGCUCAUAGCAGAUAUGCUGAUCUUCAUUUUUCACUCCAUUUACUUCCACGAUUGUUGGAUCUACACUGCUAUUUUCCAAUCCUGCAUCGAAUUCUAGGAAGAGGUAAAGAAAGGAUUAGAUGGUAGUAUAGAUCAUAUAAACAUGUUUUUGUAUAGAUCUGUAUAUGUUAGGAGGGGAGCCAUAAAAAUAGGGUUGAAAUGGUAGUUAUAGGCUUGCAGCAAAGAGCAUUUAUCCAAAUCCAUGCAUGUAUCAUAACUAUAUGCAAAUACGUACUGGGUUUUUUGUGUUAUCUGGGAAGGCCAAUGAUAAAAAACAACCCAUCAAUCAAACUGGUCGGUUUCCGACGGUUUUAAUCAA